UCAGUUUGUGACUGGGGGCUCAUCACUCUGGAGCUUUCUCCACUUUCACUCCAAUCCACCACCACCACCACCACCGACCAUAAACCGGAUGGAUCUUUCUCUCUCUUCUUGCAACGCCGGGGUUAAAUAGUAACCUGCUUCAUUCCACUUUCUUUAUCCGUUCUGGAUUUGCAGGAAGAAGGCGAGGUGGUGAGAACAAUUGAGUGAAAGUGAUACAUUCUGAACUUAUCAAGUGUCGUCGUGAUGAUCUCCACCGAUAAGUGGUGACCGAUAAGAUUGUUUCUUUCUGGUGGAGGGUGCGGUUUUGCGGUAGUGUGACUGUGCCCCUCAUAUUGGGGAGUUUAUGUCCCAGUUUUCCCCACCCCGUGCUUGGCGAAAGUUGAUUAACUAUGUAAUAUGCCAGGAUUUUACUUUAUGAUUCAAUAUCAUGGUGAAAGUGAAGUGAAAGCCGUGCCAUCCCAAAAAUGCUGAUCACCAACAGAAGAAUGAAGUACUUGUGGAUUCCUAACAUGGAGAAAGUUGUCACUUUCACUCGCUUCCUUUCUCCGUCACGACGCUUUGUGUCGUUGCUCGUUAAUUGUGAGAGUGGUUAAUACUAAUCAUCUCCUAGUUGCUCAUCAUAAUGUUAUGUCAUCACUUACUGAAAAAAUGUGGCUCAGGCUGAACGUACGUAUGGACUUUUUAUCCCGGUGAAAGUGAAGGUGAUGUGAAUUCCGCCCGAAUUUUUGUCCACCUUGUCCCUCGGACUCUUUGGUCACCCGUCUCCAUCUCCCCUCUUCUGAACGCCUCGAUUAUUCGGUAGGACAUGUUGACAUCAUGCAUCUCAACCGUGCUACUAGUCCUAGUCGUGUUUUUUACUCGUCCAACCACACACACGCCACAACAAGCUGCAUCCAAAAAUGGUCGGCCCAGCAAUCUCAUCUUGGCCCCGUCUCUCCUCGAGUUGGAAGUCGUGGUGGUUCUGCCAAGUCCGUCGAAACGAUCGCUUUCACUCUCGCGAACCCUGUCACGAACUUUGAACGCUCAGACGGCCGCCGAUCUCGUCUCCCAGCUGGACUUUCCGGAGAAAAAUGUGACCUGGAAAGUGUCGAAUUUUUACUUGACGGGCUCCCCACCCAGCGUGAAGGAGGCCUUGGUGGGUGGGCAAGAUGACGAAGAUGACGAGGACGACGAUGACGACGACGUGGUGGAGGAGCAGAGCGGGUAUUUUGGGGAUGAGGCUGAUUCCGUCCGGGUUCUUCCUCCAAAGGGAGGAGGGGGAGGCGGUAAAGUGGGUGAAAGUAGCUUACACUUCAGUCCACCCUCGCUUCCCGUCCUCUGCGACUUUCUCUCGGGUGGGAGAGCCUUGGCCAUCGUCUCCCUGGUUCCGGAGAGGGUGGGUCAUCAAAGGCUGCUUUCUCUCGUGACGUCUGCUAUUCAUGUACCUUUAGUGGCUCAGUCGGCCCUCACGACGCUCAAGGAUGAAGAAGACUUUUUCAUAAAUUUGUCCUCAUCCGUGCGUGACAUGGCUCGGGCGCUCGUGCUACUUUUGAUCCACUGCCAUUGGCACACGUUCACCCUGCUGUUGGAUGACUCGCCACGAAUCCGGGCGUCCCAGGUCAUCUGGGAGACGGAGUUGCGAGCGAGGAUUAAGCUGCCGAAUAGACCGGGUGGGAGCAGGAAUGGGACGUCGUCCUCGGACUACUACACCCCAGACAUGGACUACCCGGAAGAAGAGGGUGGACAGUUCGAUGACGCCGCCGAGUGGUCACUCCGUCCAAAUACGAUUAUACUCCAGACUCGAUUUCCAAACUCGGCGUUCAGAGCCUUGUCCGAAGUUACGAAGGCUACGCAGGGAGUUAUACUGCUCGUUUUAACGCACAGAUCCACCAUGGCUGUGUUCCAAGCUGCGAAACAACUGAGAAUGCUCAAUGGAGAUUAUAUUUUUAUAAUGGUAGAUCCACGUGCUCAGUUUGAGAGUAUCCCAGACUGGAUACCGCAUGGCGUUUUGGCCCUCCAAAGUCCCCGGCUCCCUUGGAUGAACAAGAGAAAGAUGAAAAUGACCGGCUCCCUGUUGGCCUCGGCUCUCCUCACCUUGAAGGAUGAGCCUUUCUCCGGCAGAAAGAAGCAGUUCGUGAGCAGUGGCCACUCUCCGAAACGUGUCGGCGGAGGUGCCAUGGCUGGCGGUGUUUUUAGUGGCUUUACCAAUCGAGACUUCCAAACCGAGGGGGAGCUGGAUUUUGCCGGGGAGCAAGAACCAGACGAGGAUGUGACGAAUAAUAAUAAUAAUAAUGUAAAUAAUAAAGGCGACGAGGAAUCCGGAGGUCCCACGUUUCUCGAAGUUUUAGAAAAAUUACCAAAUUUAUCCUGUUAUGAAAAAGACUAUUCUCAAAGGAAAUUACUUUCUGGCAGGAUUACAACGGAAAUACGGCGUCAAAUGCUACACCCGGAUCAAGACUCGUCCACUUUUUCCUUCCUUUCUCCCCCAGUGCCAUUAACGUAUCAAGUGCUCAACCUGGUCAGAACGACGGCCGCCAUGAAUGCCACGAUCCCCACGUGGAAUAAGGUUGGUUCCGUCUCUUCGAACACCGGGGUCGUCCGCUUGGACACAAUCAGGUGGCCGGGUGGUGGCAUUUUUGGGCCUGGAGGGGACGAAAGGCCGUCAAAGUCGUACCGCGUCGUCACCAUUGUUGCCCCACCGUUCGUGAUGGAGUCGCAGGCGGAGGAUAACAGGACUUGUGUGAGAGGCCUGCCCUGUCUGAAGGUCAAGACGCAGAGAAAGGAUGACCUGGCCGUUCUAUUCGCCGAGUUUGAGUCUACUCGCGGACUUUCUCCGCCAGCUUAUGAGCUGGCUUGUUGUGAUGGGCUGGCCAUGGAUUUGUUGGCAUCGGUUGCGAGAGAACUGAAAUUCGAAAUUGAUUUAUUUCUCGUGCCGGAUGGAUAUUUUGGAUCGAAAAAUCUGGAUGGGAGUUGGAACGGUUUAAUGAAUCUAACCGUAUCUGGAGCUGCACAUUUGUGUUUCGCACCAAUUUCGAUCUUAUCCGUCCGUGCCACCGCUGUAGAUUUUUCUACCCCCUUCUUCUUCUCGGGCGUUGGUCUUCUGGGCAUUUCCAAGGAACGCGACGUGCCUCUUCUUGCCUUCCUUGCACCUUUCUCGCCCACACUUUGGGCCGCCAUUUUCAUCACACUCAAUUUGACCGCACUUGUUGUCGCGAUAUACGAAUGGUUUUCUCCCUUCGGUCUUAAUCCGUGGGGAAGGCAACGUACCAAGAACUUUUCCAUUUCUUCUGCCUUAUGGGUCGUGUGGGGAAGGCUUUUCUCACAUUUGGUCGCCUUCAAGGCUCCUAAAUCCUGGCCAAACAAAUUCCUCAUCAAUGUGUGGGGCGGAUUCAGUGUGAUAUUUGUUGCAUCGUACACAGCCAAUAUAGCUGCGCUCUUUGCUGGCAUGUUUUUCGAACGCCAUGUCGACGUGAAUGACAGAUCGUUGUUAUCUCAACGAGUGACAGCUAUAAAACAUUCAGCCACGGAUUUUUACAUCAAAAAAGAAAAUCCGCACUUAUGGGAACAUAUUCAGCGCUUCCCAGUCCAUUCGUUUCAGGAAGGAGUUCAACGUCUCAAAAAUGGUUCGCUCGACCUACUCAUCGGAGACGGGCCGCUGCUGGACUAUUUUCGAGGGACGGACUCCAGCUGUAACUUAAUCGAUGUCUCUGAUCACGACAAGAUAGGCGACGACUCGUACGCCGUGGCGAUGACUAAAGGCUUUCCACUCAAAGACAGUGUAAGCGGACUCAUCGCUAAAUACUUGGGGAACGGAUAUUUAGACUACUUGCAGGGAAAAUGGUACGGACAAAUGCCAUGUUUCUCUAAAAGUCAGCAGGCCGGAGCCAGGGCCUUAGGGGUGGACGCGGUGGCGGGAUGUGUGAUCAUGCUCGGGGUAGCAAUGGGACUCGGGAUACUGAUACUUUUUGUCGAGCAUCUCAUCUUUAAACACGCGUUGCCUUUCUGGCGAGCACAGCCCAAGGGGACGCUGUGGAGGUCGCCGAAUCUUAUGUUUUUCUCACAGAAAUUGUAUCGAUUCAUCAACUGUGUCGAGCUCGUGAGUCCACAUCAUGCGGCGAAGGAGCUGGCAAAAACCUUGAGACAAGGACAGAUUACGUCGCUUUUUCAGAAGAGUGUCAAAAGGAAGGAACAUGAGCAAAGGCGGAGGAGGAAGAGCAAAGCCCAGUUUUACGAAAUGAUCCAAGAAAUUAAGAGAGUGCAAAUGGCGGAGAAAGCUGUGCCCCCCACGUUUGGAAAUAAACGUCCCCCUGCAAUCACAUCUUCUGUCGGGAGUCGCGACGACGAGUCUUGUUCUUCCGCCGUGUACUCGAUCCAAGGUCGUCUCGAACGUGAAGGGGGUGGUUCUUCGAGUUCAUACCUCCCGCCACGACUCCUAAGUGCGGCGCCGGGCGGGGAAGAAAUCCUAAUCGCGGAUUACCCCCCUUCCGGCGAGCGGAUCGGACCUCAAGGAGCCGCCUCUUCGUUAGACGACCCUCCAUCCACCUCCGCCUCUGACACUGGGGCGACACAACGACGACGAAUUAUUCAGUGGCGCCACCCCCGUCCGGGUAUCGUUCCGUCGCCCAUGAACCCCACGAGAGGAAGGGUCGGGGGCAACCUGAGCCAACAACAACCUCCCGGGAUUCUACGGCGGGGUGGCGGCGGAAGUGGGGGCAGUUGCGGGGGUGGUCAAAUGCUGGAAGUCUCCACCACCACGGCGGAGACGAGAUUCAGCAGCAAGGCCAGCGGGACGGCAAGGUCGCCUCCUCCCCCGCAGAAAAGAAGGACGGACAACAACGACACGGAGGACGACGAGGACGACGACGAUGGUGGAUUGAGUGACGAUGACGAUGACGACGUGGGGGAGGGGGACGAGUAUGAGUGGUACUCCCCGUUGGACAAGGCCGACUUGAAAUCCUUGAGUAAAAACCAGAUCAUAGAAAUGUGGCGAGCCUCGGAACUCGAUUUACGGAGACAGCUCAGCCAGGCGUUGAAGGCGAAGGAUGAACUCAGUGUGGCGUUGAGUAGGACGGACACGCCGGCCAUGAUGGUGGAAUUUGAUCAGGUCAAACUUUAGUGUUGGGCGGGUGACCGGAAGUCUAAGGCAACGUGGUCUGUGAGCGUAUUUGCAGUGUGUGUGACGAUCCCAGGAAGUGAAGUUAAACUCGUGGUCUGGUCUUUAACCGGAAGUGAAAGUUGAAACCUAAGACGACGAGGAGUAAAAGUUACAAGAUUCCGAACGGCAGGAAAUAAAAGUUAACACUACCGAGAAAAAAACGCAAAAAAGUCGAAACCCAAGCCGAUAAAUCCAUUCCUUCAGCCUAAAAUCUAAUAAAUCCACCAAAGAAAAACGACCAACUCACCACCAAAGUGAAAGCUGGCUCAUCCUCCUCAGCAGAAGAAGAAAUAAUGAAAGUAAAAACUCUCACGACGACACAACCGUACCUUUUUUGGCUCAAUCUAAUUAAUCGAACCUAUAUUAUAUAAAGGAACAAUCAAUCAUUUACAAAGAUACAUAAGACGAGUCAAGUCAAAGUAUUGUCCAAUUAGUUAGGCUAUAAUCUGAUUAAUGUAAUUAAUUAAUUAGUUAAUCAAUCGUCUCACAUAUUAACUUUUCGAGACUGCAGAACAAUCAUCAAAGCCUGGUCUGUUCUUAAAUUGUGACUGCAGUAUAUAACAAAAUCAAUCCUGAACGUGCCCCACAUUUGGAGUACGUUCAAUUUAUCUGUGCAUUUAUCCAAGAAAUUAAAUUAUGUAAAAUGUAUUUCUUGCAUAAUAAUUCUUAGACUUCCACUCUCUUCAACUUUAUUAGUCAGUUAACUAACUCGUUCUUGCUGUUGAUGCCAAAAAGGUAAAAAAAAGAAAGUAAUUGGUGAAAGCAACUUUCCCAAAUUGUAAGUAAGAAUAACUCAUCUAAUUAAAACUGCCUGUGCUUUCUCCUCCAACUCUAACCCUGUAACCUUUGCCAAUUCGAUGGAUUUUAUUACAUAAUAGGGAAACUUGCAUCAUCCCCACUUUUAUACUUUGUUGUUUGUUAAUAUUGCGUAAUGCAUCGUAGCCAAGAGCAAUACUCUGCAGUACGUUUUGUGCGUAGUAUGUAAGCAUUUCUACUCCAUUUUCUACACUGUUGGAGGGGAAACUGAGAAAAUAGAGUAAUAAAUCGUCUCUAAAUACAAAUAGAUAAUACUUAAAAUACGACGAAGAGAUAGCAAUUUGUGAUAAAAUAGUCGCCUACAACAGGAAACUGUUACUGUUACCUUUCAAAUUGUUCAUGUUUAUAAAAUUAGCAUGUUUAUCAAAAUAAUCUGUGUAUCUAUGUAUGUAUGUACAAUUGUGUGCUGUAACUAAUUACCAGGUACUUCCCCGAACAAUCAUAACAGCGAAAGUGAGACUUAAUUAAAUCAAAGGAGGAAGAAGAAGAAAGCAACAGUUUACACAGAAUUUCCCUCAAAUUUCUCUCUACAAAUUUCCGACAGUGAGACCGACACCCAACAAAAUAAAUAAUCAUAAUUUAACGUGUCACAUCACACAGGGCGAAAUGAAGGAAAAGAGUAAAUAAAUGAAAGUAGUGAAGAGAAAAUAAAUAAUUUUCGUGUCGCUGGUUGUGUAUUUUCUGUAGUCAAACUUGUGCGAAAAUGAGACAGCUUUAACUUUCACUUAAUUUUAUACUACUUUACUUUCACUCUCUCGGCAUGGGAGAGAAAGUAGAAAAUCGAGUCGCUCUCUGUCUUGGAUGAUAUAUCUGUUUUAUCCAUAUAUUUCUCCAACCAGUAUGAACACACACAUGCAAACUCAAAAUGUGCCCCCAAGUAUAUAAAUAAUUAAAGAAAGUAAUUAAGAUUUAACACAGUAAUUAAACAAGUCAUGGAUGGGAGCAUGUUGGUUAUACGAGGAGGAGAAGAAGAGAAAGUAAUAAAUGGGCCUUGCCGUAAAUUA